AUGGCUACCAAGCAAUUAUUGAGACGGUUGGCAAGUAGAAGCUACUCGACUUCAAGCAGCAGCAACAACAAGGCCAUAUUCUUGACUGAAAAACAAUUGCAAUCACUCGCCUUGGAUCAAGAGAGUGAGUUGGUUGCCAAGGAAAUUAGCGUCGCAUCUGAACAUCAUGUAAGAAGCUCUGAAGAGGCUGACUUUGGCCGUAAGAGAAUUGGAUGUGUAGAGCUUCCAAAGCCGUUGAUUCAUGGCAUUACAGAGCUUGUUGAAGGACAAGACAAGCGAUUGGUCAGAACGGAUGCGCUUCGGUUGUACGAUGCAUUGCGAUCAACAGCUAGAAUACCCAAAGAGUCAAACGAGGAUUUUGAUGGCUCGAGAAAAGCCAAAAAACUGAGAAAUUCAUCAGCAAAAACGCUGGUUGAGCCACACAAGCUGUCGUACGGCCCUAGAGAGUCAGUAGCCUACGCAGCAGGUGUGCUACCCUCUACAUUCGCAGCAAUCACCAAUGUCAUGCAUGAAAUAGCAGGGAGAAUUGCUGAUUUCAAGCCUCGAUCCAUGCUGGAUUUUGGCACUGGACCAGGUACUGCCAUAUGGGCUACAAGAAAGGUGUUCAAGCUAGAGACAUGUGUGGGCGUCGAUUUGUCAGAGGACAUGCUGCGGGUUGCCGAACUAUUAGAGGAAUCAGUAAAAUCCAAGGACGAUGCUGCGAUAGAAUUCAAGAGAUAUUUAGGCUUUGAUCCAAAGGCACCAAAGACUGAUUUGGUGGUCAGCGCAUUUACAUUGGGUGACAUUGCAUCCACUGCACUCCAAAAGUCCACAAUAGAGCAAUUAUGGGAGCAGACAGGCGAUGUAUUGGUUUUGAUUGAUAGAGGAACACCCAUUGGUUUCUCCAAUAUCGCCAGAGCCAGACAAUGGAUUUUAGACUUGGAGGGAGCUAAUGCCCACGUAGUAGCGCCUUGCCCUCAUGAUCGUCCCUGUCCACUGCUGUUCUCACCACAAGCCAAGCCAGAUGAUCUAUGGUGCCAUUUCUCACAAAGAGUGCAACGUCCAACCUUUUUAAUGAAGACCAAACACUCAAAAUUCAACACGGAAGAUUCCAAAUACAGUUAUGUGGUACUGCGUAGAAAGAGUCGGCCCACAGCAGCUGGAUCUACCAUGGAAGACAAGGCCUACGCAUGGCCCAGAUUGAUACAGCCUGCGCUCAAAAAGAAUGGACAUGUGGUGAUGGAUGUGUGCUCAAAAGAAGGAGAGAUACAACGCAUGGUGAUUCCCAAAUCGCAGGGCAAAGUACCUUACCGUGAUGCCAGGAAGGCCAUGUGGGGUGACUUAUUCCCUCAUCCAUCAAAGAACAAGGUGAUAACUCGAGUGUCGCAAGGCAUUCUAGACAAGGAGGCAUUGGAGUGA